AUGCUGCUUCGUUGGUUUUUCCUGCUCAUCGGCGUUGCGGCCGCCAUCACGCUGCCAGACUCGUACAAUGUCGUCUGGACCACGCAGAGCAGGAACUCGUCUGAAUCCACGCCCUUGGGGGGAGGGGGGCUGGGGUUGAACGUGUGGGCUGAGAAUGGGACGAUCCUGUUCUACAUCGCCAAAAGCGGCGCGUACGACGACAACAACUCUCUCGUCAAGCUGGGCCGCGUGCGCCUGACGCUGCAGCCAGAUCCGUUUGGCAGCGACUUCUCGCAGACGCUGGUCCUGAAUGACGGAUACGUGGCGUUUACGGGGCAGAACAACACGACCGUCACGCUAUGGGUCGAUGCGUUUCAUCCCGUCAUCCAUGCGACGGUCAACAGCUCGCUUCCUCUCUCGCUGACUGCGUCGUACGAGAACUGGCGGUAUCGCGAUCGGUUGAUGGGGGAUAAUGGCACUAUAUACGAGCAAGACCAGUCGUCGUGGGAUCAGCUGCCUGGCGCGAAUGCCACCACCAGAGCGGACAAUAUCACCUUUUAUAAUGGUGGUGUGUUGAUGACGCAUCGAAAUCUCCAGUCGACGGUCUUCGAUUAUACGGUGCGCGAGCAGGGGCUGGAGCAGUACAAGGAUACGAUGUAUAACCCGAUUGCGAACAAUACAUAUGCUCUCUGGAUGUACAGUUCUGAUCUUCAACCCGGCAACAUUACUUCCGGCUUCUACGUCAACACCGACUACAAAUCCUGGAAUCUUCGCUCGAAAACACCCCAGACCUCAUACUCCCUUGCAAUUGCGAUCCACCAGAACCAGACGGAGACAUUCCAGGACUUCCAGUCCCAGUUCGACUCGCUCAUCGCCACCGCGAUCAACAACACUCAGGAACAAACCCUCGCCUGGUGGCACGACUUCUGGGACCGGUCGUACAUCCUCAUCAACGAAGACGCCGGGCCCGACGAUCCGGGAUUUGUUGUGGGCAAAAACUACCAGAUCUUCCGGUACAUGCAGGGCUGCAAUGCCGGGGCAGACUGGCCCAUGCGGUUCAACGGCGGCCUCUUCACCUUCGACCCCGUCUUCGUCAACCCGGAGACGCCGUACACGCCCGACUUCCGCCGGUGGACGGGCGGCGUGUUCACGGCGCAGAACCAGCGGCUCGUCUACUGGCCGCUGCUCAAGAGCGGCGAUAUCGACCUCAUGAGGCCGCAGUUCGAGUUCUACCGCCGCAUCGUCGACACCGCCAAGCUGCGUGGGCGGACGUACUUUGGCAUCAACGCGACGCUCUUCUGCGAGCAGAUCGACAGCUUCGGCCUGCCCAACCUGCGCGAAUACAUGGGCGACCCGACUCGGCCGCGCUCGCCGGGAUUUCCCCGCGGCAUCGAGUUCAACGACUACAUCGAGUGGAUCCAGGACACGGCCAACGAGUUCGCCGACAUGAUCCUGCAAGCCAACCUGUACAUGGGGUUCGACGUGGCGCCCUACCUCGACUUUAUCGAGAGCCAGCUGCAGUGGUUCGAUCUCUUCUACCAGCAGUUCCACAGCACGAUCGACACCUUCAGUCGCGCCGCGUCGCCCGUCAACAACGCCAGCACGGGGAACGGCCCGCUGAUCAUCUACCCGGGCUCCGGGUGCGAGACGUACAAGGCGGCGUACAAUCCGGCGUCGACGGUCAGCGGCCUGCGCAAGCUGCUCCACGAUCUGCUGCAGGUGAGCCCGGACUAUCAGAUCGCCAACGCGAGCUACUACGAGGGGUACCUGAAGCGCGUCCCCGAGACGCCGAUCCGCUACCAGCAGGGCCAGCCGUGCAUCAGUCCGGCGCUGGCGUAUGCCCGCAUCCAGAACGUCGAGAUCCCGCAGCUGUAUCCUGUGUUUCCGUGGGGGGAGUAUGGGCUGGGGCAGCCUACGGACUUGAGGCUGGCCAUCAAUACGUAUUUGCUGGAAACAAGACGUCAUCUGGCUAACCCGAAUGGGACUGACACCAAACGCGACCAAUAUGACCAUCUCCCGCUGGGCCAACUCAACCGUGUACCGGUUCCCCGUCUUCAAGGGGCCCAACUUCGACUGGGCGCCGGACAUCAACCACUACGGCGUGGCGUCGAUCGCGCUGCAGGAGAUGCUGCUGCAGACGUUUGCGCGCAACAACACGCAGAUCCGGCUGCUGGGGGCGUGGCCGGCGGACUGGUCGGCCAGGUUCAAGCUGUAUGCGCCGAUGAAUACGACGGUGGAGGCGGAGGUCAGUGCUGGGAAGGGGGUGACGAGCUUGACGGUGAGGCCGGAGAGUCGUGA